AGCCCAACCCUCCAAUUUCAUAACCGUAAUCGAGGUUUUAUGCGUAAUAUAUUUGUACGUAGUAUUACGUAUGACUUCUCUCCAAAUUGAUUCAUCUCUCUAGAAAAACCCUGAUCCUACGAUGCAUAGACCAGAGUCAGCUCCCGCCGGGCCGCCGCUCUACCCGGCCCGGAAGUCUGGUUGCGCGCCAGGCAGUUACUACCAUCAACAACGGUUGCCGUACCGGCAGCAGUGGAGUCACCCUCCCAGCAACCACCGUUUUCGUACUCCGGAGUCGAGGCCUUCGCCGAAGCCGCCAAAUUUCAUAAUCCACCUUCGUUCCAGAGAUCAUGCCCUGCCGAGGUCAGAAUUCGAGAGGCUUAUUGUGGAACUGCCGGAGCGGCCGCAGGAUUCAUUCUUCUCUGAGGGGAGUAGGGUCUUUUCCGGGAAACUGUUCUACGAGCAGUGGUCAGGGGCCCUCGAGGUAAUUGUGCACUUGUGGAGACUACGGCUCGAAGGAGGGUGUUCUGUGACUCCCUUUCUGGAACAGAAUGUAGUGGUCCCUUCGGAUAAGCUCGAGUUGAAUGAUCGCCUCAAAGAGGUUUUCUUGGAGAAACUUGAGGCAUUAAUGGAUGGGGAACUAGUGCAGAAGUGCAGGAAGAAGUUGAUUCUAGUACUAGACGAGAUAAGUAAAUUGACUAUUCAGCUCGGGAAACUUAAUCGUCUGGGUCAUUCAGCUAAUCUCUUAAAGAAAAAAGAAGUCUUGAUGGGCGAGCGGGAUUUGAUAAGUAAAAGGAUUAAGGAGUUUAAGAAUGGGAUUACGUGUAUCAUGCUUUAUUUGAAGGGGGAUAUGGAGGAAGGUGAUUCCGAGGUGCACAUAAGUCUUUUUAAGCUCAACAGAAAUCCGGAUUGGGACCAGAUUCAUCAUAUAGUAAAGAGGGAGUGUAAAAGGCUAGAGGAUGGCUUGCCCAUUUUUUCUUUCAGGAAAGAGAUUCUCAGUCAAGUAUUUUGCCACCAGGUUACUAUUUUGACUGGCGAGACAGGUUCGGGAAAGAGCACUCAGUUGGUACAGUUCCUUGCUGAUUCAGGAAUUGGUGGUAAUGAUGCAAUUGUCUGCACUCAGCCCAGAAAACUUGCUGCUGCCUCCUUGUCAAGUAGGGUUAAACAAGAAUGUCUUGGGUGUUAUGAAGAUAAUUCAGUUAUGUGCUAUCAGUCAUAUUCAUCUGGCCAUCAGUUUGAUUCAAAGGUGAUAUUUAUGACGGAUCAUUGCCUACUCCAGCAGUAUAUGAGUGAUUGUAAUCUAUCAAAGAUAUCAUGCAUUAUAGUUGAUGAAGCGCAUGAAAGAACCCUAAACACUGAUCUUCUUCUAGCAUUGAUAAAGAAUUUGCUUGAACUGAGGCGUGAUAUGAGGCUCAUCAUCAUGUCUGCUACAGCUGAUGCAAUUCAGCUUGCAAACUACUUCUACGGAUGUGGAACAUUUCAUGUUGUUGGAAGAACCUUUCCGGUUGACAUUAAAUAUGUCCCCUGCGACUACUCUGAAGGUUUUUCUGGUUCAUCUCCUACUUACCUUUCUAAUGUUGUCAGGAUGGUGCUUGAGAUCCUCAACACAGAGGGAGAUGGAACGAUUCUUGCAUUUUUGACUUCUCAAGUGGAAGUAGAAUUGGCUUGUGAGAAGUUGCAGUUGCCAACUGUCAUCACUCUACCUUUACAUGGAAAACUGUCGAGUGAAGACCAAAAUCGAGUCUUUUUCGAUUUUCCAGGAAAGAGAAAGGUCAUAUUUGCUACAAACAUUGCUGAGACAUCUUUGACCAUUCCGGGGGUCAAAUAUGUUGUUGAUUCUGGUCUGGUGAAACAAAAAUGGUUUGAACCUGGGAAUGGCAUGAAUAUUUUGAGGGUCUGUAUGAUUAGUCGAAGUUCCGCAAAUCAGCGAUCUGGGCGAGCUGGGAGAACCGAACCUGGAAAGUGUUACAGACUCUUCUCAGAAACUGAUUUUGAGAGUAUGCCUUGUCAUGAAGAACCAGAAAUCCGCAAGGUUCACCUUGGUAUUGCAUUAUUGAGGAUUCUUGCCUUGGGUAUAAAAGAUGUCAAGAAAUUUGAUUUUAUUGAUGCACCUAACCCAGAAGCAAUUGAGAUGACAUUCCAUAGUCUGAUUCUGUUAGGAUGUAUCACUCAAAUUGAUGAUGGUUAUCAGAUAACUGCAGAUGGACGGCUUCUAGUGAAGCUGGGUAUUGAGCCUCGAAUAGGGAAAAUACUCAUUAGUUGCUUCCGCAACCGUUUAGGUAGAGAGGGUCUUGUUCUCGCCGCUGUUAUGACAAAUUCUAGCAGCAUUUUCUGCAGAGUUGGCACAGAAGUCGAAAAACUAAAAUCUGAUUGUAAUAAGGUGCAAUUUUGCCAUCCCUCUGGUGACCUUUUCACAUUUCUAUCUGUAUACAAGGAGUGGGAUGCCUUGCCUCAAGAAAAGAAAAAUAGGUGGUGCUGGGAUAACAGCAUCAAUGCCAAAACCAUGAGGAGAUGCCAAGAAACUCUUCAAGAAUUGGAAACAUGCCUUCAGAAUGAACUGAGAAUCAUCAUUCCGAGUUACUGGCGCUGGAAUCCCCAAAUGCAUUCUGAACAUGAUGAAACUUUGAAAAGGAUAAUCCUUUCAUCAUACUCUGAGAACGUGGCGAUGUACUCUGGUUAUGACCGACUUGGUUAUCAGGUGGCGCUUACUGGGAAGCAUUUUCAACUGCACCCUUCAUGUUCGUUGUUGAAUUUCUGUGAAAGACCGGGUUGGAUUGUGUUUGGUGAGAUUUUGGUAGCUGCUAAAGAAUAUCUGGUUUGUGCUACCGCGUUUGACUUCACCGCUCUAUAUGCACUUUCUCCUCCUCCAUCGUUUGACUUUUUGAAGAUGGAUGCCCAAAUGCUGCAGAAGAAGGUUUUGACGGGGUCCGGAAGCAUGCUGCUGAAGAGGUUCUGUGGAAAAUCUAAUUGUUGUCUCAACAAUCUUGUCUCGCGAAUCAGAACGUCAUGUAUGGAUGAACGCAUUGGCAUUGAGGUGAGCGUUGAUCACAAUGAGAUUACAUUAUAUGCGUCAUCUGGAGAUAUGGAUGAAGUUUUAACGACUGUGAAUGAAGUAUUGCAACAUGAGCAAAAAUUGUUAAAAAAUGAAUGUUUGGAGAAAUGCACUCACAUGGGAGGAUCUACAUUUUCAGCUUCUUUUGCUCUUUUUGGAGCUGGUGCAGAAAUAAAGCAUUUGGAGCUGGAUAAGAGAUGUUUGACUGUGGACAUAUAUCAUUCAAAUGUUAAUGCAAUUGAUGAUAAGGAAUUGUUGAUGUUUUUGGAGAGGAACUGUGGUGACAUAGGUGCAGUGCACAAGUUUUCAGGCUCAAGUCAUGACAUUGAGGAGAAGGAACAAUGGGGCAGGGUAACAUUUGUCACCCCUGAAGCUGCUAACAUGGCCACCGCAUUAAAUUUGGUUGAAUUUAGUGACGGGAUGCUAAAAUUAGUUCCUUCCAAGAUAACAUAUGGUGGUGAUCAAAAGAUGUUCUCAUCUCCUUUGCUCAAAGCAAAAAUUUAUUGGCCUCGUAGGAAAAGUAGAGGGACAGUAAUUGUUAAAUGUGACCCCAGGGAUGUGACUUUUAUGGUUGGUGACUUCUCGUCCGAUUUUAUAAUAAGAGGAAGGCAUGUUCAUUGUGAGCAAAGCAAAAAAUUCCCGAACAGCAUAGUUCUUACUGGAGUUGGUAAAGAGGAUUCUGAAGCUGAGAUCUUUGAAGAGUUGAGUGUAUUGACACACAGGAAGAUUUCAGAUGUGUUCCUCAUUAGAGGAGAUGCAGUAGAACAUCCUUCACUAGAUGCUCUUGAGGAAGCUCUUUUGAGAGAAGUAUCCUCCUUGAUGCCUAAAAGGGGUCCCCAUGGCAACUCUCUUCGUGUCCAGGUCUUCCAACCUGAACCGAAGGAUACUUACAUGAGAGCAACCAUCACAUUUGAUGGAAAUCUUCAUCUAGAAGCUGCGAAGGCAUUGGAACAAAUUGACGGGAAAGUCUUGCCUGGAUGUCUCUCAUGGCAGAAGAUAAAAUGCCAACAAAUGUUUCAGACUACACUAUCAUGUUCUGCAUCAGUAUACCAUGUCAUUAGGAUGGAGCUGGAUGCUUUACUUGCUAGGUUCAAGAAGCUUAAAGGUACUUUUGAUAUGACAACUGUUUAUUCUUUAUACUUUAGCCACUUUAUAUUUAAUUACUCCGUAUAACUAUAAAGACAUUUACAUGCUGCAUGACAUAUGGUACUACUUGGUUAUAGUGCAAUGAUAAUUUUUUAGUAAAAAAUGAUAUUGAUAGGACAUACUGUAAAAAAUAAUACUCCCAUUGUCCUAUAGUUGCUGCCUUUUGCACCAAGCCGUCAAGUGCUCACCACGCACGCUUAAGAGAUGUCUCCUCAGUACACAUUUGCACUAGUACACCUACUUUUACUUAAACUAGUAUCACACCCGUGCGAUGCACGGCCGAAAUAUAUAAUCCAAAUAUUUAAAUCAAAGUGUAAUACUUCAUCCGUAUUUUAAAGAUUGCCACAUUAGCAUUAACACAUUUUAAGGAGGAAAUUAGGAGUAAUGAAUAUUGAAUAGUGUAAAAAAGUAUGAGAGAAGCUAUAAAAUAUUAAAAGGAGAAGAUAAAAACUUAAAAGAAAAUGGAUAGGAUUAAUCCCAACCAUUAGUGAUACGCUUGAAAUAACCCAAAGUAUCAAUUUUUUCAAAAUAAUACCAACUAUUAAAAAAAAUUCUUAAAAUACUCCACUCACUUGUAAUAAACCAUAAAUAACAUAACUAAAGAUUUUUAACUCAUGCUUCUACCAGUGAGAGGACAUUUGCCUCUAAAUAUUAAUCACUGAGACUUGUUAGUAAUAGCCUUGACAUCUAUUGUUAAAAUACAUUGAAUUUAAAAUUUCACUCUAAAUAUUUGAAAAAUUCACCGAAGAUCACACGUUGCUUUUUCUGAUAUCUAAUAAUGGUAAAGUCGAAGAUCUUUUGGGAUGGGCUAUGCUACUAUUGUCAUUUGGUGACUCAAAUCGUCCCUGCUUAACAUGUUCGCCUCUCUAAUUUUCUGUCGUUGAUAGUGAGAGAGCACUGAGAAUGAUGAAAGUAUCUUUGCUAAAAAAUACUCCGUACUAAGAAAUGAAAUGAUCUUAUUUAGUUCUAAAAAGCUCAUCAUACAAUAUAUACUUGUUUAGGAGUUAAAUAACAGAAAAUAAGUAAAAUUUUCACAUCCAACCCAUUAAAAGUAGCAUACAAUUAAAACCUAACAUUAGAAGCCUCGAGGAUAAGCAUUAGGUUUCACCAGACUCCAGACCACCCAUCUUCACCUUCGAGCAUAUAUCUGCUCUUUCCGGGUUUCUUUCUUCAAAAUUUUCUAGCUCAAAUGCAUAUAGAUGAUAUCUCCGAUUAGACCGAUUAGAUCGAAUCUGAAUAUAUGACUACACAAACAAAUGUGAUUUCAAUCAAACUGUUCUUACGAUCGGAGCACUUCUAGGAUGAUGCACCACGAAGGACAAAUGCAUGGCGAUCUGCGAAGAAGAAGCUAAACGGCUAGAUGAAGUUCUCUGAGUCCCUGAUAUGAUAAUACUUUUCGGGAGUUCACUGAAUAAUGUCCAUACUUUUUUCUAUCUAGCUAGUGUAUAAUUAACACUUCUAAUUCUAUCCCUGAUUUCCUUUAAUCCUAUGCAAGGUCUUCUAAUGGAAGUUUGAUGAAAAACACCAAGUGUGAAUCCUGUGGUAGUUUCUUGUCCCUAAUCUCACUGCAUCAAAAUUAUCUUUUGUUUAAUUUGAUUUACAAAUCAAAUCACGUUUUGGCCGUUUUUUAUUACAAGUUUUACAACCAUUAUUAAAUUAAACCGGAUCAAUAAUUUGUUUAGCAAAUAUGUUUAAUUUAGUAUUAUCAAACACAAAUAAUAAUUAAAAUAUAUUAAAUCUUUCAGUGAUUUACAAUUAAAACAUCUACGCUUCAUAUAUUCUACCUAUGCCUCAAAUCUAUGCUUUUUUAUAAACAGAGGUCUGCCAUUUGGAGAAGAAGCAUUUAUAGAUAUAUUCAAAAGUAACAUUUAUAUGGAAAAACUAAGAGCACGUACAGUAUAGUACCUAUUUUACAUUAACAUCAUCAUAUCUACUAUUCAACGUAUAAAACCCCCCUAGGUGAUAAAAAUUUACAUGAUUAAGCACAACUAAGAAUAAACUUGUUGUCAUGUUAAACAUAGAAAGUCAAUCAUUUGUCCCAAGAGUGAAGAAAUCACAAGAAGAACAUUAGCGUGAUAAUACAUGAAGAAUCAAUUUUCUAAUUAAAUUCAUUCCGUUGUUCAUACAAAGCUAUAUAUGCUCUUAUACUAUUUAUACUAUUUUGUAAUAAAGUAGUACGUAUAAACUAAGAAUGCUUUUAUAAACUGCUACGUAUUUUAUUAAAAAUGAAAACACUUGUAUUUUAUCAAAAACAACAACUGUUAGCUUAGCAGGACUGCAGAGGAUUCAAACUUGGAAUGCGCAACACCUUCAUUACUUUGUAUAGCACUAUAGCAGCGAGAAUUUCAGAUUCUUUAGGUGUUGAAUGCAGCCUCGAUCGAUAUGAAAGUGGUUCAUACAGAGUUAAGGUAUUUGCAAAUGCUACUAAAGUUGUUGCAGAAGUUAGAAAACCAUUGGAGGAGCUUAUGAAAGGCAAGGUGAUAGAGCAUGUGAGUGUUACCCCCACAGUCCUCCAACAUCUAUUCUCUUGGGAAGGCAUCUGUCUUAUGAGAUCACUUCAACGGGACACCGGGACCUACUUUAUGUUUGACAAGCAUAACCUUAUAGUGAGAGUCUACGGUUCCCCACAAAAGGUUGACAUGGCACAUCAUAAGUUUGUCGAUUCACUCCUCGCGUUACAUGAAAGCAAACAGCUCAUUGUUCAUCUCCGUGGAGAAUCCUUACCUUCUGAUUUAAUGAAACGAGUGGUCCAGAAGUGUGGACCCAAUCUUAACGGUCUCAAAGAGAUGUUCCCCGACGGAAGCUUCUCUCUCAACAGUAAACAGCACUGCAUUUACAUAAAAGGCACUGCCAAAGAUCUGAAGCAAAGAGUUGAAGAUGCUAUAUAUGAGAUUGCUCAGGAGAGCGGUGUACAUAUUCAAAGGAACGAUGACGAAGCGAGCUGCCCAAUCUGCUUGUGCGAGGUAGACGAUGGUUACAAGCUUGAAUCCUGUCUUCAUGUCUUCUGUCGUUUGUGCUUGGUUGAGCAGUGUGAGUCUGCAAUCAGAAGCAGAGAGGGUUUCCCGUUGAGAUGUCUGCAUAAGGGUUGUGGGUCCUCUAUCAUCCUCUCAGAUCUCAAGUCUCUAUUGACGGUCGAGAAGUUGGAAGAUCUUUUUCGUGCAUCUUUGGGUGCUUACGUGGCAGCAAACCCGUGUUACCGGUUUUGCCCGUCUCCGGACUGUCCUUCCGUGUACCGUGUAGGAACAGAUUCAGCAUUUGUGUGUGGGGCAUGUUAUGCAGAGACGUGCACCAGAUGCCACCUGGAGUAUCAUCCUUACAUCUCGUGCGAUAAAUAUAAGGAGUUUAAAGACGACCCUGACUUAUCUUUGAAGGAGUGGUCGGAGGGGAAAGAGAAUGUAAAGAAGUGUCCGGCUUGCCUGUGUACGAUUGAGAAGGUGGAAGGGUGCAACCACAUUGAGUGCCGGUGUGGGAAACAUGUUUGUUGGGUUUGCUUGGAGGGUUUUGAAACCAGUGAUGACUGCUAUAGCCAUUUGAGGGUUGUUCAUUUGGCCAUUGGAUAAGUCAAACUGUCAAACACUUGAAUCGGCUAUAUAUAACAACCACUGUUUAUAUACGUACAUAUCUGCUUCUCUUGUGUAUAUAUGUAUAUGCUUCUAAUAUAAUUAUCCUUGCGGCAUUACUAGGCAUACGUCGUCUCAUCAUCAUCAUCAUUUUCAAUUUUACGUAGUAUUCACAUCUUUGCUUAUAUAAUAAGACACAACCAACGUUAACAUGGUCCUUUUUCCGUUUACUUCCGUCUUUUAUUUUCUUCCGCCCAUAUCUCUUUCUGUCCGUCUGUUGUAUGCACGUUGCCGUCUACCGUUUAUACAACCUUACAGUCUCCAAGCGUCGAUUCCUUCGCUAUGCAAAUUCUCCACCACAGCAGUUCAUCCUUUCAAAAAACAAAACAAAAAACCACAGCAGUUCAUCUCUUCCACUUCUGUCGAGACGCCCUUCCGAUUCUCCCCCAGUGAUACAGGUGUUGUGGGUUUCAAAGGUCGGCUAGCUAAAGUGGAGCGGUAUGAGGAGUUGAUCGUGUACCUCUUUCAUCUAUGGUGCAAUCUAUACGUGAUUCCUUGGCGGUGACUCGUAGUGGCGACAAAAUGUAUUAUGUUGCUCAUAUUUUCCUCUGUUUUAAGAUUCGGCUAAAUGGGAGCAACGGACGAACUGGUUUCAAACCGUACUGCGUUGUUAGUUUGUUACUGUGAGUGCUGCCUGCUUGUAUGAAAGGAGAGAUAUGGCACAGCCCUCCUGGUGCUUCAUGGCAAAACUGAGUGAACAUAUUGGGAAAAAGAAAGGUCGGAAACCAUAACAUUCUUGGUCCAUUGGCCUCCACCAUCACACUCAUACUAAAAGGUCAUAGGAGGAUUAAGCCUCGAUGUUAUAUGUGAGUUUGUAUGUAGUUAGACAGUUAGUGUUUGAUGGUUUAACAAUGUAAGAGAUUAAAAUAAAUAUAAUGAGUAAUUCCUAAAAGGAGAAUAACAGAGAGUUAAUCAAAGGCUUCAAUUCUUGGACACCCAUAUAUAUGGGGCAAGUCUCCAACUUCA